UUGUUUAACUUUGAACUUAAAAAUUAGAACAGCGCCAUAGUUCUUACGCAAGCGUCGAAUCACGUAAAGGACCGAAGAGUGGUGACUUGUUAUAUCACAUAAAAUUUGUAUAAAUACAAAGUUUAAAUAAAGAUCUAUCUUUUUUUGAUAUCCAAAGGUUAGAAUAAAUAUACUAAAUAAAAAUGCCGGAAACAACGGAGGAAGAUAUGAGUAUGUCAGUUCGUUUAACGAACGAUGAUUUUCGAAAACUAUUGAUGACACCAAGAGCAGCUGCUCCUUCAGCUACACCAGCUUCAGUUCCAGGCACAGCUCGAGAUGCUAGUGCUAAAACUGCGCAAACACCUCUUGUUACUGGAGGUAGUAGAGCAGAGUUACGUAGAAAGAAAAAGAGUUUUUAUGCUAAACUAAAGAAACAAGAAGAAGAUAAAAUGGCAGAGUUAGCUGAAAAAUAUAGAGACAGAGCAAGGGAGCGCAGAGAUGGAACUAAUCAAGAUUAUCAAGCAGAAGAUCCUAUGAAUAGUGCUAGCGCAUAUCGUGCUGUUGCUCCUGAUUUAAAAUCAGGCAUGGAUGCAGCAGAACGUAGAAGACAAAUGAUUCAACAAUCUAAAUUCUUAGGAGGUGAUAUGGAACAUACUCAUUUGGUAAAAGGAUUAGAUUAUGCCCUUUUACAAAAGGUACGUAGUGAAAUAGAAGCUAAAGAACAUGAACAAGAGCAAGAAAUGGAGAAGUUAGUGAAACCAAAAGAAAAAAUAAAGGAAAAGAAAGAACCAGAAAAAAAGGAAGAUGAAAUGCAAUUUAAAACUAAAAUUGGUCGCAAUAUUUAUAAAACUAUUUUAACUAUGAAGUCUAAACAAAUAGAAAGGAAUGAACUUUUUACUCCAGGACGAAUGGCAUAUGUUAUAGAAUUGGAUGAUGAAAAUGCUGAUGUAGACAUUCCAACAACAUUAAUUAGAAGUAAAGCAGAUGUACCUACUGUGGAGAAUACACCAACAUUAACAACCAAUGAUAUAGUAAUAAAUAAGUUGGCACAAAUUUUAUCAUACCUAAGGCAAGGUAAUCGACAUGGAAAGAAAGGUAAGAAAAAUAAGGAUGGUCGUUCCAGAGCAGAUGAUACAAAUGAUAUGGAUCUCCCACCAAGACCUCAGGAUGAGAGUAUAUAUGGAGAUAUUGGUGAUUAUGUUCCCACUAUUGGAAGAAAGGAUAAUAUGCAGCAUCGUGACAAAAAGAAAGGUUCAUACUUUGAUAAGCCAGAGAAUAAUUUAGACACAGAUGAUAAAGCAAAUACUCCACAAUUACCAAGUACUUUACCUCAAAUUGUUGAAACUAAUGCACCUAAAAAAGGAGCACUUCUUAAUAAAUUGGCUGCUGAACCUGAAGGUUAUGCAGAAUGCUAUCCAGGUUUAGAUGAAAUGCAGGAUGCUAUAGAUGAUUCCGACGAUGAAGUAGAUUAUACCAAAAUGGAUUUAGGCAAUAAAAAAGGUCCUAUUGGUAGAUGGGAUUUUGAUACACCAGAAGAAUAUAGCGAGUACAUGAAUAAUAAAGAAGCAUUACCAAAAGCAGCUUUUCAGUAUGGUGUGAAAAUGGCAGAUGGCAGAAGAACUAGGAAAUAUAAUAAAGAGAAGAAUGAAAAAGCAGAACUGGAUCGCGAAUGGCAAAAAAUUCAAAAUAUAAUGAAUAAAAGAAAACCAGCUGCUAAUUUAGAAGGAGGUUCGGAAUUUAAAGUACCGAGAUAUUAAAUAUUCUUUAACGAUUAAACCUUUUAGUGCAAAUACAUGUUGAUAUGAGGACUGUAAUAAAAGAAUUAAAUAAUAGUAAUCCUUCGUAUGGUAUAAUAAUUUUUUCAAAAUCGAGACUAAAAAAGAUUUUUAUUAAAACUAUUGUAUUAAAUUAAACAUUUUUUUUACAAAAUUAUUUUGUAUUAUAUAAAAAAUGUCCAUCUAUAUAGAAGAUCAUUUUAAAAGGCUAUGAAAUAAUCCAAACUCUGAGUGUUUAAUGAUUAGAAUACCGUACGCAAAAUGCUAAGAUUCUUAGAAUCCCGGUUCAGUCAGAGGCUUAUUUUUUCAUGUGUCUACAAUACUACAUGGUAUUUUUCAUUGUAUAUAUAGUAACAUAUUAUACAUAUAUUUAAAGUUAUUGUAAAAUAUAAAUAUAAAUAUAAAUAUAACAAGUAAAAAUAAUAUACAUACUCAUA